AUGUCCUCGGUUCAAUCCCGAGUGUCCCCUUCCAACCGUCGUUUUUUCAUAAAUCCUCUCAUGCAUUACUUCUCUUACGACCAUGAAACAUUGAUUAUACACGGGGGAUGUAGCUCAGUGGUAGAGCAUUCGACUGCAGAUCGAAAUGUCCUCGGUUCAAUCCCGAGUGUCCCCUUCCAAUCGUCAUUUUUCAUAAAUCCUUUCAUGCAUUACUUCUCUUACGACCAUGAAACAUUGAUUAUACACGGGGAUCGAAAUGUCCUCGGUUCAAUCCCGAGUGUCCCCUUCCAACCGUCAUUUUUCUUAAAUCCAUUCAUGCAUUACUUCUCUUACGACCAUGAAACAUUGAUUAUACACGUCUCCGGUUCAGUGGUAGAGCAUUCGACUGCAGAUCGAAAUGUCCUCGGUUCAGAUCGAGAGUGUCCCCUUGUUCGUCAUUUUUUUCAAAUCCUUUCAUGUCUCUUACGACCAUGA